AGCUUCGUUUGUAUUUGGUUGUUGAAUUGAGCACUGGCGUAACGUAAUGAGAGAUUAGUUUGUGCAAGUCACAAUACGUUUGUUGCUCAAUCCGGAAAAUUGGUCCUUACCUCGAAAUUCAUUCCAUUAACAAUAGCAUGUUUUAAUCGCCCCCCCUGUAUGCAGGCAGACAUGGUAGAGCCAACAUCACACAAGUUUGCAUCUCUAGAAGAGGAGCUGGGCUUCUGGAAGGAGCAGGCAGAGAGACAUCAGCAAAGGGCUGAAGAGGCUCAGGAGGAGCUGCAGGAAUUUCAGCAGAUGAGUCGAGACUAUGAAGCAGAACUGGAAACAGAGCUGAAGCAGUGUGAAGGUCGAAACAAAGAGCUGCUUUUGGACAACAACCGACUUCGCAUGGAACUGGAAAACAUAAAGGAAAAAUUUGAGGUGCAGCACUCUGACGCUUUGAGGCACAUCUCAGCCUUGGAGGAAGAUCUGGCUGGAACAAGAGCAGUUAGAGAUCACCUGCAGAAAUACAUCAGAGAGCUCGAGCAGUCCAAUGAUGAUCUGGAGAGGACCAAAAGGGCUACAAUCAUGUCCCUGGAGGACUUUGAGCAGCGGAUGAACCAGGUCAUUGAGAGGAAUGCCUUUCUUGAAAGCGAGCUGGAUGAGAAGGAGAACCUGCUUGAGUCUGUUCAGAGGCUCAAGGAUGAAGCCAGAGAUCUUCGCCAGGAGCUGGCUGUACGUCAGAAGGAAAGACGUCCAUCCAGCAGCCUGGGCAAAGACACGGAUCGAGCAGAUCUGCCGUGCCCCUUGGCUGGAAACCCAUCGUUCCCUGUUACACCCUCCAAACCUCUGAGCUCAUUUGCCACGCCCCCUGCUUCGAGCAUCCGACGAGGUGAUGGUCUGACAGGGACUCCCCUCACUACGUCUGCGAGAAUAUCUGCACUGAACAUUGUAGGAGAGCUGCUGAGAAAAGUUGGAAAUCUGGAGUCCAAGUUGGCAUCCUGUCGAGACUUUGUGUACGACACGCCUGUUAGCAGACCGGCACUUCCAGUUGGUCCUGGUAGUCCUACGGGUUUAGAAGCAGGUCCUGAGGUCCAAACUACCGGCAUGAGCCCCCCUCCUCAGUAUGACAGUUUAGUGAAGCGGUUAGAGUUUGGACCAGCUCCUCCAAGAGGGGUCCCCCAGGGUGCUCAGUCUCCACAGGGAGGCGUCAAGAUCCUGCUAUGAGACAAAAAGAAGAGGAGACACCUUCCUCCUUCAAUGACCUCACCCCCCCCCCCUUCCCUCCCUCCCCUCCUUAAUAAACUACAGGAAUGGGAUUUUGAACUGAGCUGUCUUCCCUUGUUAGCCACGUGCCCUGCUGAACUGUUUGAGUGAGAAAGUCGCUCUCCUCGCUCCAUGCCCCACAUUAUCAGCGCAUGGACUUCUGCUGCCUCAGGCUAGUAUCACCCCAUAUCUAUCAUAGGAAGCAGUUUGUAUAAAAUCGAGGAAUGCAGGAACCUGCUGUAUCUUUGAGGCUGUGGUGGGAAGUAUCUGAAAAAAAUCUGUGUCAACUGAUUUUCUUUCUGUGAUGGAUCAAGCACAACUGGGCUUUUGGAGCAUUACUGCUCCCACAAAACUCUUUGAGGGUGGUUUUUGCACUUGCCCAUUGAUUCACUGAAGUAGGGACCCAAAUUAGAGCCAGUUAUAUUAUUAACAGCCACUGAUAGUGACCCUGGUAUAGGGACCAAAAACCCGGAGUAAAAAAGGAUCAAAUCAUUUCUAUGAACAAGUCCAAACCAAAGCACUGAUAAAUGGAAAAAAAAUGAUCAAACAUAUGAGUAAUGGGUUUUGAUUAAAAAAAAAAAAUAUUAGAUGACUAGGUAGGUUGUUAAUAAUUUUAUUAACAAGUCUGUUUUUGUUCUUUAUUCUUUAGAGUAUGGGCUGUGGGAUUUUUUAUUAAAGACUAUGGGCUUGAAUAAUGUAGUUCUAAUCAAGAAUGGUAUCAGUUACUUGUAAGUCACAGUGACUGGUGUGGACAAGCUAGACUGGUUAACAUGAUGAAAAUAGUUUUUUUUUCUUUUAUGAACCUUCUGACUCCACUGUUACAAAAACAAUUAGUUGUGAAUGAGUUAAGUAUGAAUUAGUUGCUGCCACAUGUUACUGUUUUAGCCAUCGCUGCCUUCAUAAAUGUUAUUACCUCUUCAGUUUAUAGGCCUUGCUUUACUGCAAUAGUUGGAAUAAAUGUAAUGGGUGACCUAUUCCUCAUGCUACCAGGCUUCUGGAAAUGAGGAAAUGUCACGUCCUACAGGCUAGUUUAAGCAAUAUCACAUAGUAAAUUGUUAAAUUCAGUUUGGCCCAGGUCAUCUCUAUCACUUCUUUCCUGCCAUUGCACAGACUUGUUUUAAGAGACUAGUUAUUUCCUGGUAUGCCAGGCUUAUACACGUGAGGAAUAGGUGUAGGUUUUCUGCCUCGGAGAUAAGAUUUGUCAUGCUGCAGAUUUAUGAAUUGGUGUUAGCAAGAACUUUUACUAUGAUUAUUUUAUUUGACUGUAGAUUUUAGAUCGGCAAAUGUGCACUACUGAAUGUAUAGUAAGAAUUCUAUAGGUUUGAGAUCUGUCUGCCAUUGAGGGUUAGAUGGUGGGCAAACUGGGAAAAAAUGCAAAGCAAUAAUAGAUUUUAACAGGUGAGAGAUAAGCACAGUUCAUACUAUAUUUGUGUAGGUAUAUAGAGCCUAUAUCAAAUACCCAUCUCCUGCCUUUUAGUAAGAGAUAUUGUGAAUGGGGAAAUAGAGUGAGUAGCAGUUUUAAUGCAACAUCUGUGCUUUUCCUUACAAUGUUUCUGGUCAAUGUGGAGUUCUCACUACUGCCAUCCAGCAGCUCAUUAAACAAACAUUUCAGUACAUAUCUAAAUUAACAUUUAUACAGCAGUCAUCACUGUAUACUGCACUGUAGCCUGUGUGUAGGAAUUAACUUCAUACAUAUGAGAAAUGCAGUUCUUGCCCCUUUGCUGUUUAAUCUUCCUCAGACUAACAUGAGCUAACUGUACUGAGUAAUUGUAAUCUGUGACCACUGUGUACUGGGUGUUUGUUUGUAUGCAGCACCUCUGCAAUUGCUUCUGUAUUUGGACUUUAAACUGUAUGUGCCUGAGGUACUAUACCCAGCUUUUAUCCUGUUGGUUACAGUUGUUUUUCUAUCGAACUGAACAGAUGAAAAAAUAAUGUUCUGUUGUGAUGAUUCAGGAAGUUACUGACCAAGACAGAAACAUUAAAAGGAGGAAAUCAG